UGACAGCAGUAGCCGAAGAAAUAUUAAACGCUCUCAAAGACAACAUAAUUGAAUACGAGCAGGAGAUCGAGCGCCUGAAGCAGGAGAAUUAUUGUCUGAGGAGCGCUCUUACUGAAACAUGCCAUGAUGACAGAGGCAUGGUGUGGUUUAAUUCCAGACUGCAGCACAGGUCAGUUUGUGCAGAGGACUUGUCAGGUUCCUGUGGUUCAGGGCUGUAGAGGUCGUCUCUAGAUGCUGAUCCACCCUCUGAUCUGGAUAAAGACUGGAUCUGGUGGUUACGGUGGCCUCGGAAUAAUAGAGGAACAGACUAAUAUUAGCGUAGAUGACAUUCUUCGUACGAUGUAAUACUCAGCAGGAUGGAGUUCUGCAAGGUCCAGUGGGUUCAGAGCUCUCAGAAAUACGAGUAAAGAUGGAGGUUGCCACUCUGAUGUCCCAUGAGCCUUUGACUCAUGAAGCUUCUACCACUACUUUGCACCUUUCUGAAGAUUUUAAAUGUCAGGGACCUCAUCAGCCCCUCUCACUUUUGCCAAAUGUGCUGUUGAACAAUGAAGAUAGCGGUGGCACAUUUCCACAGUCAUCCUUCACAGUUAAGUCAGAGCAGUGUGAUAAUCACACCGGUGAAUCAAACUCAACUGCAGGGCAGUCAGGCAGCAACUGUCAUGCUGAAAUUCCAGUACAAGACCCACCGUCUCUUCAAGGUUACAUUGAAACCUCUAAUGAGGUGUUACAAAAGGUUCAAAAUCACCAGAACACCUCAAUGUGCAAGAUUUGCAGCAAGUCUUUCAGCACCAAAGGAAGUUUACAGAGACACAUGCUGGUGCAUCGGAACAUGGCGCCUUUCUGCUGUGUUUCAUGCGGGAGUCGUUUUAAAUCCAAAUUUCAAUUGAAAGAACAUGAGAGACUCCAUACAGAAAGACGAGCAAAGAAUCAGACCGAAGAACCAGUGAGCUCACAGUUCUCCCAUGUGGAAAUAAUUCUGCAGCCGGACAGUGUAAAUGUGAACGCAAACUCACGGCAAUCUACAAGAUUAAGUCUCUCUGCUCAGGGCCCUGAGAAGUUUUCUUUCCAUUGCAAGAUAUGUGAAAGGUCAUUCAAACGUCAAAAGAGCCUGAAAAACCACAUGCUUUUGAACCAAUGUGAUCGAAAUUACGCCUGUAUAUUUUGUGGCAGAAGGUUCUCUAAGAGCUGGCAUCUCGCAGAGCAUUUAAGAAUUCACACAGGUGAAAAGCCAUUUGGAUGUAGUAAAUGUGGAAAGACAUUUGUUCAGUGGAAUCAAGCAAGAUCACAUAUAAUAAAGCAUCAUCAAGGAGAUAUGUCACUGUUAUCAAAGGAAAAAACAUAAACCUGUAAAUAUGUACUUAUUACCACCUCUCUAGCAAAUAAAUUAGAAUAUGUUAAUUUUGAAUUUCAAAUGUACAUUCCUAAUUAUUCACGUGACAAAGAGAUUCUUAUCUCAUGUUUUGUAAAUGCAUACUCUUCCUUUAUCUCAAGUCUGUCAUUAAAAGAGCUUUUAUAGUUA